AUUGUGAGUGUGACUGUUGUUUGUCUCCAUCUGCCCUACAAUUGGCUGGGAACCAGUUCAGGGUGUACCCCACCUCCUGCCCGUUGAAAGCUGGAAUAGGCUCCAGCACUCCCCGCGACACUCAUGACGAUAAGCGGCAAAGAAAAUGGAUGGAUGGAUGGGUGCCUUAUGCAUGAAAACUAACACACGUUCAUCUUAGUGUCUUCAGAGUUCAUUUGGCAGGUCCAUCAAUCCAUCCAUCUUCUACCACUUUUUUGGGUCGGAUCGCAGGGGCAGGAGGGUUAGCAGGGAUGCCCAGAAAUUCUUUUUACCCAGCCACUUCGCUCCAUAGGGAUCCCGACGUGUCCCCAGGCAAACGGAGAGACAUAGAGUCUCCAGCGUGUCCUGGGUCGUUCCCACGGUCGCUUUCCAGUGAGACGUGCCCAGAACACUUCACCAGGGAGUCACCUGGGAAGCAUCUAGAUCAGAUGCCCCAGCCACCUCAUCUGGCUCUGGAGAUGACAGACCACUCUUUUCCGACUGAGGAUCACGGUCUCAGAUUUGGAGUUGCUGAUUCACAUCCCAGCCGCUGCACACUCGCCUACGAACCGCUUCAGUGAGCGUUGGAGAUCGUGGAUUGAUGAAGCCAACAGAACCACAUCAUUGGCAAAGAGCAGAGAUGCAAUGCUGAGGCAACCAAACCAGACACCCUCUACGCCUCAGCUGCAACUCGUGAUUCUGUCCAUAAAACAACAACAUUGGUGACAAAGGGCAGCCUUGGUGAAGUCCAACACUCACUGGAAACGAGUUUGACUUAGUGCCGCCAAUGGAGACCAAACUUUGACACCGAUCAUACAGGGACUGAACAGCCCGCAUCAGGGGGUUUGUUACCCUAUAUUGCCGAAGAACACGGACUCUGCUUCCUCAUGGGAAAGCGUGUCCAGUGGAAUUGAGGAGGUUUUUGAAGUAUUCUCCCUACCGACUCACAACAUCCUGAUUUCAUGUCAGUAGUGCCCUAUCCUCACUAUACAGUGUUGAUGGUGCACUGCUUCCCUCUCCAGAGAUGCCGGACAGUGGACCAGAAUUUCCUCAAAGCCAUCUUGAAGACAUUCUCCAUGCCCUCACCUAACUCCUCUUACGCCCAGGUUUUUGCCUCAGUGUCCACCAAAGCUCCAUUCCGUCUGGGAAGCCGGCACCUACCAGCUGCUUCGGGAGUCCCACAGGCCAAAAAUCCACCAUACGACUCCUUCUUCAGCUUGACGGGAUCCCUCUCUGUUGGUGUCCUCCAACGUGUUCGGGGGUUGCGGCUACGACAAACACUGACCAUCUUACGGCCACACCUCCAGUUGGCCACCUCACCAAUGGAGGCGCUGAACAUCGUCCACUUGGACUCAAUGUCCCCCGCCUCUUCAGACAGGGGAAUUUGCCAGCUGUGCCCAGCAGACCCUCACAAUACCAUUGGGCCUUCAACGUCUGACUGGCAUCUUUCCCCACCAACUCACCAUCAGGUGUUGAUCAGUUGACAGCUCCGCCCCUCUCUUCACCCAAUUCUCCAAGACAUGCGGCCACAUGUCCGAUGACAUGACCACAAAGUCGAUCAUUGAAUUGCGACCUCGGGUGUCCUGGUUCCAAGUGUACAUGUGGACACCCUUAUGCUUGAACAUGAUGUUUGUUAUGGACAAUCCACGAAGAGCACAGAAGUCAUGUAACAGAACACCAAUGGGGUUCUGAUCAGGGGGGCUGUUGCUCCUAAUCACACCCUUCCAGGUCUCACUGUCAUUGCCCAAAUGGGCAUUAAAGUCCCCCGCAGAAUGAUGGACUCCCAAGAGGGUGGGUUCUCUGAACUGUUGUUUGGUGCAUAGGCACAAACACCAGUCAGAACCCAUUCCCCCAACAGAAGGUGGAGGGAGGCUAGCCUCUCAUCCACCAGGGUGAACCCAAAUGUACAGGCGCUGAGCCGGGGGUCAAUAAGUAUGCCCAUACUUGCUCGGCCCCUCUCAACAUGGAAAACUCUAGAGUGGAACAGAGUCCAACCACUCUCAUGAGGACUGGUACCAAAGCCCAAGCGGUGCAUGGAGCCGAGUCAGACUAUAUCUAGUCCGAACUUUUCCACUGCAUACGCCAGCACGGGCUAUUUCCCUGCCAGAGAGGUGACAUUCCAUAUCCCUAGGGCUACUUUCUGUAGCCAGGGAUCGGCUCACCGCUACUGCUCAGCUCACACUCCAAGUGACCCCAAUGGUCCCUCUCACAGGUGGUGAGGGGAAGGGGGACCCAUGUUACACUUCUGGGCUGUUUCCGCCUGAGCCCAUGUGUGAAUGGCCGGCCACCAGGUCUGACUCAAGAGGGGUCCCAGUGACCUGCAUCCAGGCAAGGGAAACCUGGAUCUAUUUCUCUAUACCAUAAUUGGGGUCUUUUGGUAAUGCUUUAUCUGGUCCCUCAUAUAGAACCUGUUUGGCAUGGGUGACCCUACCAGGGGUGUGAAGCCCCAGAGAACUUAGUACCUAGGAUCAUCAGGACUCCACCACGAUAAAGUGAUGGGUCAAGGAGGGGUCAUUUAGCAUUUCUUUAGUGCUAUUAAGAUUGUCAAAUGACAAGUGUGUCUUCUUCUUUUUCUUUCGGCCUAUCCCAUUAGGGGUCGCCACAGCGUGUCAUAUUUUUCCAUUUAAGCCUAUCUUGUGCAUCCUCCUCUCUAACACCCACUGUCCUCAUGUCCUCCCUCACAACAUCCAUCAACUUGUAAUGAGUGUCAUUAGUAGUAAGGAUCAUUUAUGCACUUGUAUCUGCAACAUUUCAAGGACAACACAUUAAUUGUGCAACCCACAUGAGUUUUAAUAAGAUCCUUGUCUUUACUGUUAUAAAAAUAAGUAUAUUUUGGUGCGCCACCACCAUUAGCUAUGACAAUAAUGAUUGCCUUUCCAGAAAUUUUAAGUCUUCAAUAACGUUUUGAAAAUAAGAUUUCAAGCAUGGCUGUUUCAGCAUGGGAGAUGUUUACCCAUAUAAAACCAAAGCGGCAUAAAAAAAAUCAGCAAAAUUUGAUUUUGAAGUACCUCUAUCUUUUUUGAGCAAAUUACCCAGAUUCCCACUUCCUACUCAUUCUUUACUUUGUGGAAAACGAAUAUGGUUCAAGUACAUCUAUUUCAUCAUCUGAAACAAAGCAUGUUAAAAAUCCUUGUCAUGAAAAACAAAUUCAUCAGGAAAGCUGCUGGGUUGCAGCAAACUUAACAUCUGUCUAUUUGUUCUUGUAGCUGUCUGACUUGUCUCUUUGACAUGCCAAGAUUUGAUUUGUGAGCUUCAGCUGUUUGGCUGUCGCAGUGACCUUGCAGCACUGGGAGGUGUUUCAAGAGAUCUCUGAGGUUUUCAUUUUGGUUCCAGCCCUGGUGGGACUGAAGGGGAAUUUGGAGAUGACAUUGGCAUCCAGACUGUCAACAGCAGCCAACACUGGGCAGCUGGAGGAGCCUCAGCAGCGGAGGAGGACACUUUGCAGUAAUUUAGCUCUCAUCCAGGUCCAGGCCACAGUUGUCGGCUUCCUGGCUGCGGUGGUGGCAGCGAGUCUCGGGGGUCUGACUAGAGGGAGAGUGGAACUUCUGCAUGCUGCCAUCCUGUGUGCCAGCAGCAUCAUCACCACAUUUAUUGCUGCACUGUCUCUCGGCCUUGUGAUGGUGGCAGUGAUUAUUGGCUCCAGGAGAGUGGGCAUCAACCCCGAUAACAUCGCCACGCCCAUCGCUGCCAGUCUGGGUGACAUCAUCACUCUAUCUUUGCUUGCUGUGGUCAGCACCUUCUUUCUUUGCUACAGAGACAGGUGGUACCUGCCUGUUGCGGUGUGUGCCUUUUUCUUGCUUCUUGUGCCAGUGUGGGUCCUCAUCGCCUGCCAGUCUCCACCAAUUGGAGAAGUCCUGAGGUCAGGCUGGCAGCCAGUUAUUUUUGCCAUGUCCAUCAGCAGUAUCGGUGGUCUGAUUCUGGAUAAAACAGUGAGCAAUCCAAACUUUGAGGGGAUGGCAGUGUUCACACCAGUAAUCAAUGGUGUUGGAGGAAAUCUGGUAGCCAUUCAGGCCAGCAGGAUGUCUACCUACUUUCACUACUGGAGCCUUCCUGGAGCGCUCCCAUUCAAAAUUAUCACAGAGUGUCCUGGACCCUAUGCUACUUUCUGCUCUUCCGACCCAAAUUCCAAAUCAGCAAGGGUCCUGAUCAUCCUUGUCGUCCCAGGUCAACUUGUUUUCCUAUACAUGAUCCAUCUUCUCCAGGCAGGGCACACAGCCAUGACUGCUGUCUUCAUCAUUUGUUACCUGUCUUCUGCACUGCUUCAGGUGGCGAUUCUUCUGCACGUAGCCAACCUGAUGGUGAGGUGGCUGUGGCAAAGGGGCUUGGACCCAGACAAUUUCUCCAUCCCCUACCUGACAGCACUUGGUGACCUGCUAGGAACGGGAUUUCUGGCCCUGAGCUUUAGGCUGAUUCAGAGGAUCAGUGUUGGCAUUUGAUCAACACCGUCAAAGUACUGGGACGUGUCCACCUAUGCAGGACUUUGGAGUUUUUGUCGUGUUCAACUACUUCGGAGAAGGUGUCAUGAAGUAAUCCAUCCUUGAAGCAGCAUAUGUUGCUGCUUACUGUUCUGGAGGAAAAGUGAAAUAUGAGAAAAAAUGCAAGCUCAGGGGAAUGGAAGUGAUAUUUUAUUAUUAUUAUUAUUUUUUUAAGGGAACGUAAACACACAAAGCAGUUCCUGCUGGCCACUUUAUUUACCUUAGACAACAUUUUGGUUAUCCUUUAGGGCUUGGUAAAGAAAUGUAAAUGUUUCUGAAUACAGUGUCUGAAUAUGACUACUGACUAAGUGUUAAAGAUUUGUAUUUGCUGAUCUUAAUCAUGUAAGAUACCCUAUAAUAAUACCAUGUAAGAGUAGAUUAAAGUUUGAUAAUUUGUGAUGCAAGCAUAAAACCGUCGAACUAGAAACAAAUAUCCCAUCAGUAGCGUUAAUAGUCUCGUUCAAAACAAGGUACAAUAUAUGGACAGAAUAGACAAGAAAAUGAAACAUUUUAGCUCCGUGUCAAUUGGGAGGCCAAUCUCAUAGAGUUGCUUAGGUUUUGAUCAUCUGAGUUAUCAUCUCAGCUUUAUACGAAUCCAAAUCUGAAAAAAACACUUGUUCAUUGAAAAUGCUUAUUGAACGCAAUGGAGCAGUAACAAAAUAAGCCAUUUUACUAUGAAUACUGGAUGCCUAAUAGUAUUUAGAUGAUGCAACCUAUCGCAAUGCUGCACUCCAAUGUUGGUAUUUUACACCUAAUUGCUUCAGUAGUAAAUAAAAAAAAUUUAUAGUUGUAGCGUAACUAUAGUGUACACUACUACAUAGCAGUUGCUUCAAUGACUGAAUGAUUUGAUUUUCUGGUGUUUCCUAAAAUUAUGCAUGUCCUAUAAUUGGGAUGAGUUCUUGGAUUUCUAUGAAGUUUUGAGGUGAAUGUGCCCAUUGACAUGAAUCUGCUCUGUGUUACUAUGUUGCAUUACUUCUGUCGACUAAAAAAAAAAAAGUUUAACAUCAAAAGAAUAUGAGACAUGAGAUCAAUAUUUCUACUUUUAGUUACAGGUAUUUUCAUUACAUUCAUUACAAGUUGAACAAAAGUACUGGAAAGAUUAAGCCUGUGACAAACUGACAUCAGGAAACCUCACCACUGCCCCUCUCUGUUGUUCUGUUUUGAAUAUUACUUUCUUCAGUCUGCUGCUACAUGGUACAGGUUCUACCAAUCAGUGACGUUGCAUCUUUCUUUAAAGAAGCUUAUAAAAUAUUUCUCCUAAUUUAGCUCAUGUGCCAUGUUACAUCAAGGAAAACAGAUGAACCCAUUCUAAUGGAAGCAAUGCAACCCUAAGCCAUGGCAUUAGCUCCAUUGUGUUUUGCAGAUAGUUCCCAGUUGAAAUGUCUGUGAUCAUGAGCAGAUUCCUUUUUUUCUGCUUUAGCCUAUGCAUCACGUUGGUAAAGGUCAAAAUUUGUUUAAUCAGUCAGUAAGAUGUCUUUUUAAUAGAUUCCAACCUGGUCUUCAAAUUUUCCUGAGUUUGUGGAAUCUUGUCUGGUGUUUCCUCCUGUUUCCUGGUGUUAGUACUAGUCUUCUUUGAACUACUGUACAUUAUGUCCAAUAGGUCAUGUCAUAUGUACUGCACCUUGAAAGUUUGAAGUUAAUCAUCUAUUAUUUAAUGGUGUUUUGAGAAGCUUUUUAUCGGCAAUUACGAUUUUUCACGGGCACUGCCAUUUUGGUGAGUCACAUGACCUACGUGCGUGGAUUUGACCUAUUAAGUGGAGCAACAAACAAAUCAUUGCCAGUUUGUAGUGUCUUCACAUGCGAUACCACCACGAUCGGACAAUGUAAAAUACCUUACUGUAUCACGAAAUUUUGCCAUAAUUUGGAUAGAAAUAAUCCGCGUAAUGUUCGGUGGCAUAUUCUGCCCAAUUAGAAAAAGAAUCAUUUAAGGACUGGAAACCGGAGUGCCCGGAGAAAACCUACACAGGCAUGGGGAGAACAUAAAAACGCCACAAUUCUACACACACAAACACACAAACUCCACAAAAAAACCCUAAAAAAACUACACAAAAAUCAAACCCUGGUCCUCAGAACUUUUGGGCCAAGGCUUUACCAGCUGACCUACCAUGUGGAGGCAGUAUUAACUACCACCAAGCCAAAGAUGAUUUCAUUAUCACGCACCACAGCCACCCUGUUGGCUAAAACAACCUUACCCACAAUAUAAGGGCUACCUUUCACUGAUGGGUUCUACCAUUCUUAAUAGCCACAAGUGCUCUCCUCAGUGCAGUCCUCCACUGGCUAGCUGGAACACAUUCCAAAAUCGAUAGGAUGAAUGAUGUGUCCUGUGCGUCAGCCUCUGCGUAGUCAGACUCACGUUAUUCCCAUUCAAAGAUUCAUCAUUACAGCCACAGGUUCAAAUCUGUAUGGACGUAUUUCUCCGUCUUCCCGAGCAACUAAUACUGCUAUUUCUUCAUCAGAUGAGGAUAAAUCCGAGAAAUCAACACUGUCCAUGAUUGUGUAGGAAUGUAUUCGAGCCUUUGUUUACGCACUUAAUGUCCCGCGCGUCGGCCUCCGAGUAUUCAGACUCUGUGUCAUUCCCAUCCGAAGAACCAUCCGAAUAUUCAACAUUAUUUACAGCCACAAGUUCAAGUCUGUAUGGAAGCAUUCCUCCAUCUUCCCGAUCAACCGAUACUGCUAUUUCUUAUUCAGAUGAGGAUAAAUCCGAGAAAUCAGCGCUGGCCAUAAUUGUUUCCCAACGGAUGCAAGCCUUUGUUGCCACACUUAAUAUGUCACAUCCACGUCCAUAGGUCAUGUGACUUGCCAAAAUGGCGGCGCCCAUGAAAAGUCGUAAUUGUCCAUGAAAAUCUCAAAACACCAUUAAAUGAUAGAUGAUUAACCUAAAAUUUUCAAGGUACAGUAAAUAUGACAUGACCUUUUGGAUACACAAAGUGCUAUAUCCUAAAUUGUGCAUCAGAUCCAGGCGCAAUUAACUGUAAAAAAAAAAAAAAAAACAAACAAAAAAAACUAAACAGUCAAUCUCAUGUUCAGUUUUUGAGGUCUAGCUGAAGUGUUUUCAGACGAUUGCGUAAAUAAAGGAACUGGCAUAACUGUUGCUGCACUUUUGGAGAGCAGAGUGUAGAGUACACAGGUUUCUUUCUAUUGUUAGCACAAAGCUGAUGUCAUGCAUCUUAAUGUAUGUAUGACACGUUGCCACUUCUGUAUUAUAUACUUUCUAGGUACAUGUAGAAUGUCUAGAAUAGUACAUAGGUGUCUGU